AUGGCCGUUGCUAAGUCUAUCGCUAUUGUCAUCAGCAGUACUCGCCCUCGGCGCAUCAACCCUUUCGUUGCUGGUUAUGUCGCCUCUGUCAUCAACUCCAUUCCCCAAACUACAGCAAAGGUGGAAUUGCUCGAUUUGGAAACAGUCAAUCUUCCUCUCUUCAACGAACCUCUAGUUCCAGGAGAGGUUCCGGCCGAUGAUCCCACGCCUCAUUAUCAUUACGAACACACCCGCGCUUGGUCUGCUCUUGUUCGCAAAUAUGACGGAUUCAUCUUUGUUACGCCGCAGUAUAACUGGUCUAUCCCGGCGAGCUUGAAGAAUGCUUUGGACUACGUGUUUCAUGAGUGGAAUGGGAAGCCUGCUGCGAUUGUGACAUAUGGAUUUAGAGGUGGUGUUAAAGCUGAACCUCAUCUACGCGAAAUCCUGACCGGAUUACGAUUGGUUACCGUUGAACCGACUGUGGCACUCAAAAUUGUUAAAGGAGAACCGGGAGAGGGGGAGAAGCUGAUGGAAGAGACUUGGAAGAAAGAUGGAGCGGACGAAAAGAUUACAACCUUGUUUGCUAGCUUGUUGAGCCAUGUUGAAGCAAAGAAUUAA